AUGCUUUGGCUUCUGCCAUUGCUGCACCUCGUCUCAGCCCAGCAUGCCCGCAAAGCGCCGCAAAGCCAGGUGAUCAAGUCCGAGUGGCUGCGAAUUGGGCCCGGCACCUCCGACUCCCUGCUACCAGAUGGAGGUUUGGGGCAGCCUUUUUACAAGUCCAACGUCACUGGGUGGACCAAGUUGACCUACUCCAACUAUGAGAUCGAUUUCUCCUUCAAGGUGGACGGCCAGCUUGCCCGCAUUGCCAAUGACGUGACUCUGAACUUUGUGAACUCCUCCUACGCGGAGUCCACCGCGCAGCUGGUGCUGGACGGCGUGCCCCAGGCCACUCUGAAACGGACCUACAACUUCCUCUUCCAAGGCGUGGUCUUCCAAACCUCACUGGAGGUCACCGCACUCAGAGACCUCGACAGCAUCGAGGCCUGGAUGGGCACUGCUGACGACUGGAUCGGGUCUACGGACAAGCCCACAAAAGAGCAAGGUGUUCUGACUCCCGGCGGCUUCAAGGCAAAGGCCCACGGCACGGUGAUGCACCUCUUCUCUGGUCAAGAGGAGGUUUUCAUCUACUCUCCGCACAAAGCCAGCCAUGCCAUCAUCCUCUCCCACUAUGGCAGGUGGUCGGAUGUUUAUGGGUCGCAGACCUCGGAUCUGUCCAGCUCCACCUCCGAUGGCGCCUACGGGAUUUACGUUCCUUUGGGCCACGCCACCAGGGGCCAAGUGAGGAAGGCCAGCAUCUUCUAUGCCGCCGCUCAGAAAGGGAAGCUGGAGGAGAUGAGUCAGAACCGUAAGAGCUUGGUGCAGGAAUUGGAAGAAGAAGAACACACCACUGCCACCACGACUCAGCUGGCCCUCCAGAGUUCGGUGAUGAAGCUCCAGCUCUUGCCCGACGGAGGGCUUGGCCAGCCUUACCUGGCCUCCAGCGCUGGCUGGACCGCCGCGCAGCUGCGCAUGGCCACGCUCAUCAAGGUGAACGGCCGCGUGGCGAAACCCAGCGACAACUCCGCGCGGGUGGAGGGCAUGAGAGCCCGCUCCAGCUCGCAGCUGGACUUGGACGGGCUGCCCAAGGUGACUUUACAAAGACAUUAUGAGUUCAUGGGCGACGGCAUGGUGUGCGAGAUCUCCUUAGUCUUCACUGCCCUCAGACCCCUGUCAAAGUUACAGGUGUGGCUGGAUGCUGAAGCCGCCCACGGCUCGCUCCGCAAGACGCGAGGCGAUUUCCGGGCCGGCAGCUUCGUCCCUGGCUCGCAGGGCCGGGUGCUGCGCGUCGCCUCAGGCGACGGCUACAUUUUCAUCUUCUCCCCAGCAGAGGGCAGCGCCGCCCUGGUGGACAACGAGCUCACCGCGGUGUCGGCUAGCACGAGCGGCUCAGAUGGGGCCAUCUAUGUACCGGUUGGGGCCAUGGACCAGGGCGAGACCCGCGAGCUGAAGCUCUACUUUGCGGCCGCGGGCGCAGCCCAGCUGCCGCUGCUGCAGCAAAGGUCUGCGGCACUGGCGCCAGGUCCUGGAUCGACCACCACGGAGCCUACGACCACCACAACCACCACCACCUUGGCAUAUGUGAUGGAGUCGCAGAACCUGAAGAUCGGAGUUCGCCCCAACGGAGGCCUGGGCCAGCCCUUCUACCGCUCCGAGCGGGGCUGGACCAAGCUGACCUACGCGCACCAAAACUUGGAGUCCACAUUUAAGGUGGACGGGCAAGUGCUGCAGGGGCGCGAAGGGCAGAUCAGUCGAUUUGACCCAGAACUCAUCGAGGCGAACCACCUGCCUACCACUGUGACGGAGAAUGGAGGCCGGCCAGUGCCCGCGGCCUCUGCGGGGCGCAUCACCGAGGAGCUGGCUUUGAACGGGGAGCCUCAGGCGAAGGUGAUCAGACUGUACAGCUUCAUGGGCGACGGCUUAGUCUUCAAAGCCAACUUCACCUUCCGCGCUUUGAGGGACUUGUCGAACCUGCAGGUCUGGUUGGGCACCUCCGACGAUUGGAUCGGGCAGACGGACCAGCCCACGAAGGAGCAAGGCCGCUUCGCGGGCAAGAGCUUCGUGCCUGAUGCCGGCGGCAACAUCCUGCGGGUGCACUCAGGUGAGGAGAGCGUCUUCGUGUACUCCACCACCCCGGGCAGCCAGUCCAUCAUUUCUUCGCAAUAUGGCCAGUGGCAACAGAUCACCGCCGCCUCACGCUCGGAGCUCAGCCGCUCUACUUCGGAUGGUGCCUAUGGGAUCUACGUGCCUUUGGGGGACAUGCGCGCAGGGGAGGAGCGCUCUGCGUGCUUCUACUACGCCGCGGCCGCCGAGAGUCGGCUCGCGGAGCUGCUAGACCAAGCCUCCAAAGUAGUUGAAACGAGCACGACUUCGACCUCCACUACUUGGGUGCCGCCGCCGCCGCCCACGUCCCCCACAACCCCCACGACGACCACCACGACGACCACCACGACCACCACCACGACUACCACUACCACGACCACGACUACCACGACAACCACCCCGUGGGUGGCCCCAACCUAUCCGCCCACCACGGCACCUUCCAAGAUGCUGCAGACCGCCGGGCUGCGCCUGCCGCUGCUGGAGGAUGGAGGCUUGGGCCAGCCGUUCUACCACUCCCCGGAAAGGGGUUGGACGAAGCUGACCUACGCGCACCAAGACUUGGAGUGCACCGUCAAGGUGAAUGGGGAUGAAGUGGACUAUGCAAGCCCGCCCGAGGAGGUGCAUUGGUAUCGCUCGGACCUGGCGGAGACCUCCAGCCAGCUGAUCCAGGGCGGGGGCCCGGCGGCAAAGCUGGACAGAACCUACAGCUUCACGGGGAACGGCAUGGUCUUCGUGGCCAACUACACCUUCACGGCCAUGAGGGAUCUCGACAGCGCCCAGGUCUGGCUGGGCACCUCCGACGAUUGGGUGGGCACCACGGAUCGCCCCACCAAGGAGCAAGGGGAGUUCGAUGGAGCCAGCUUCCAACCAAAAGCCGGGGGCAAGGUGCUGCGUGUAAAAAGCGGUGAGGAGUCUGUCUUCGUCUUCUCCACGAACCCGAACAGUGAAUCGAUCAUUUUGCGGCACUACGGCCAGUGGCAGUCGGUUCAGGCGGCGACUUUUUCGGACUUGGCCGAAUCCACCUCCGAUGGCGCCUAUGGCAUCUACGUUCCGCUCGGCUCCCUGCGGGCGGGGGAGAAGAAAUCGGCCGCCGUCUACUAUGCGGCCGCCGACGCGUCCCAGCUGGCCGCGCUCGUGGAUGCUGCCGCGCAAGCACACGGCACCACCACGACGCUCGCGACAACAACCAUGCCACCAACCACAACAACGACCCCAAGCACCACAACCACCACAACCACCACAACCACCACAACCACCACAACCACCACAACCACCACAACCACCACAACCACCACAACCACAACUACGACAACCACUAGAGCUUCAAAGAUGCUUGAGACCGCCGACCUUCGACUAAAGCUCUUGGACGAUGGAGGCCUGGGUCAGCCCUUCUACCACUCAGCGGAAAGGGGUUGGACGAAGCUGACCUAUGCGCAGAAGGACUUGGAAUCCACCGUGAAGGUGAAUGGGGAUGCAGUGGACAUGGCAAGCCAGCUGGAGAAGGUGCAUUGGUACCACCCGGGGCUGGCGCAGACCUCUGGGGAGCUGGUUCAAGGCGGUGGCCCUGCGGCCAUCUUGUCGAGAACCUACAGCUUCACGGGGGACGGCAUGGUCUUUGUGGCCAAUUAUACCUUCACGGCGAUGAGAGAUCUCGACAGCAUCGAGGUCUGGCUGGGUACUUCUGACGAUUGGGUGGGCACCACGGACCGCCCCAGCAAGGAGCAAGGCAAGUUCGUGGGUGCUCACUUCGAGCCCUCUGCGAAGGGCAAGGUGUUGCGUGUGCACAGCGGUGAGGAGUCCGUCUUUGUCUUCUCCACAGACCCGCAGAGUGAGGCCAUCAUUUUGCGGCACUACGGCCGGUGGCACGAUGUCCAGGCCGCCACCGCCUCGGAUUUGGCGGACUCCACCUCCGAUGGCGCCUAUGCCAUCUACGUUCCUUUGGGCUCUUUGCAAGCGGGCGAGACCAAGUCGGCCUGCAUCUAUUACGCGGCUGCGGACGAGAGCCGCCUGGCGGAGCUGCUGGAGGCUGCGGCAAGAGCACAUGGCCCCGUUGCGACUACGCCGGUGCCGCUGACACACAACUUGUUGGUCGAUGAUUUCGAGGCCUGCAACAAUGGCGGGGCGGACGAGUUUGUGGACUGUCCUUCCGCCUUGGAGUGCCAAGAGCACAUGGCGUCGGCCCAUUCCGCCUGCCGUGUGAUGCUCGUGUCUACUAUGGGCAUCUCUGAGUUGAAGAAGUACAUCUGCGGGCUUUCGACCUGCGGAAAUGCUGCAAGGCUCGCGAAGACGCAGUGCAGCUCCAUUUACCCUGACGACGUGCGUUGGCUGGCACCGGUCUUCCAGUACCAAGAUAGAUUUUGCAGCUUCGAUUCGCACCCCACGGAUCUGAUCAACGACCACUCCAGCUGCGAGCUCAGCCUCCAGGAAGAGAGCAGCGAGUUCUGCAAAACCGUGAACCACUGCUAUGACUCCAUCUCCGAGCUCGAGCAGAUCUGCAGACUCAGCUUCCCGACCAUGGACGCGAUCAAAGAUGAGGUCUGCACCGCCUCCUGCGUCCGCAGCGUGGAGAAGGUACGGCAGAGGUGCGGGCAGUAUCAGGUGGUGCAGGACGGCACCCACGGCAUCGUGGCGUAUCAGCGGUACUUCAGCUGCGACCCAGGCGCUCCGAGCCAACAUGCCUAUCAGGAGCUGUCCACGGCUGUGACCGCAGAUGCCGAUGGAGGCUCAGUGUGGCACUCCAAAUCCGCGGGCUACCUCAGCUGGGCCUACGAGCACUGCAUGGACAGCGUCACAGCUUCCGAGCGCGAGAGCGAGGAGUGCCAGACGGCCAUAAGCUGCUAUGACCUCCUGAGUGCCGCCUCCAGUGCUUGCGAUGUGAUUUGGCUGCCCACCAUGCAAGUGUCCGAGCUGAGCCGCUACGUUUGCGGCCAGUCCGUUUGCGGAAGCCACGCGGUGGAGGUGGAGGAGAAGUGCGGGCACUUCCACCGGGCCCGGAGCGUCUUUGAGCCGGUGAUGUACUACCGCGACAAGUACUGCCCCCCAGGCAAGGACCGCACUGACAUGAUCAAUGACCUCUACCUGUGCCGUGAGAGGAUGCAGAACAGCACCAGCCCCCUUUGCGAGCAGGUGGUCACAUGUCAAGAGCAGAUCUCUGCAGUGGAUCGGAACUGCCCCAUCCCCGGGGGAGACAUGGAGGAGAUGGAGGAUGUGGUGUGCAGCGACGAGUGCAGGAACUACAUCGCGUCCGCCUCCGACUCGUGCCAGCAUUAUGCCUACCUGGUCAACAGCCUGCAGGCCUAUGUGGCCUAUCAGGAGUCCUUCAGCUGCACAGGCGUGGCAAGUAUCGGCGUGGGGCUCUUCCGCAGGAAGUCUUUGGCCAGUCUCCUGAACACCGCGCCCACUGGAGUCGCCUUCAUCAUGGGCUCGGUGCUCAUCGGGCUGUCCACAGCCUUCCUUGGCCUGCGAGCGGUGAGCUACUAUUGGCAGACCCCGCCGCGCCGUACUUUGGAGUAUUCCAUGGCCGACGAACGGAUGCCUUUGACAAGCAGAAGUCUGCCGGAUGAGGAGGUCGAAGCGGAAGGAAUCGAACAACUGCUGGAGAAAAGGAAGCAGGAUGUCAGGUACAGACCCGCGAACCUGCGCCCUGCAACCUUCGAGAAGACCGCGGACGUCUACAUGUACGACGUGUUGUUCAGCCACUUCCAAUCAGACAAGGAGUUCUGGGGCAUCUGGAGUAUCGUGGAUUGCGCGGCGGCUGUUCCGGACAAGUCCCAGAAGCAGGCGUGCUGGCACUGCGGACGCGCCUUCGACAACUUGGCGCAGAACGCCUGCAAGCACUGCGGCCAGCAGCGAGAUAUGGGCCGUGCGCCCAUCCGGGUGGUGAUGGAUCUGCCGGCCAUGUCUGAGCUGCCGCGGUCGUAUCCUCCAGUGGCGCCUGGCAAAAAUAAGCCGCGGAACAUUCCAGGCCUGCCUGCCGGCUACACGGCGCCGCUGGAGGCAUUUACCGUUGAGGAUGGAGCUCAAAUGCUUGCUCGUCAGCGGCAGUUCAAUGACGGAAAGAUCGACCCCCGGUACCAGUGGCUUGAGGCCAUCGUCAGUAAGUACAGCGUCCCAGAGGCUGAGCACGAAGACACGGGCCAUCACCAUCGCAAGACCAAGCAGAAGUCCACGGCGCGGGGCUUUAUGUCCUGGAUGAUGGGCGCCGAAGAGGCCGAAGCCGAGGUUGAGGCUCUGCCUGCUGGCUACGUGCGUGAGGAGACCUUCGAAGAAGGGGAAACCACCAAGCAGGUGGUGGCCCGUACCGGCCUGGUGAGCACGUACCGCACGGAGGCGCUGGCUACGCAGCCCUUCCGCCCGAGCCACAAGCACACUGCACAGACAGUGGCCAGGGAGAGCACAGGCGAGCAGCUGGAUGCGGAGCUGGAUGCCAUCCUCGCCAGGACUCUCGAGACGAAGCCCGCGCAGGAGUGAGAGAGAGGCUGGGGUCCACGCCUCCGACUCUUAAAGAGACGAGGAGUGAGACGGUAGCUUUCUGCGGCUGCUGGGUGUGUCUGAAAGUCUCACUUCCUGACUUCCGGGAUUCGGAAUUGAGC